AUGCACUUGGCGUGCACACCCGUGAAGCGCCUGAAGUUAUUCACGCUCGCAUUUGGAAAGUAAACACGAAAAGAUGGCGUCGCCUUUAGAAGAUUUGGAGUUAAAGUUAGAACUUUUUAUCGAAAAUAUGAGACUAACUCGAAUAGUAGUUAGUGAUUUCCAACCUCAAGGACAAAACGUGCUAAAUCAAAAAAUACAGGGAAUUGUAACUGGGUUACAAGAAAUCGAUAAACUGAAAUCACAAGUUAAGGACGUCCACGUUCCUUUAGAAGUUUUCGAUUAUAUCGAUCAAGGAAAAAAUCCACAGUUGUACACGAAGGACUGUUUAGAACGUGCAUUGUCAAAGAAUGAAGAAACAAAGGGAAAAAUUGAUGGAUACAAGAAAUUGAAGGCUAAUUUGCUUUUCGAAUUCAAUAAAGUGCUUCCUAACGAUUUGGCGAAAUAUCGGGCCAUUCGUGGGGAUGAAUAACUUACAUAACCUUAGUUUUAAUCUCUCAUAAUUUAUGCACUGUUCAGUGACAUCCUGCUUUUUAUUAAACUUCUGAAAAGGUAA